AUGGAAACUGUCAAGCAACCAUCCUCAGAAGAUCAUGAGCUAUUGCAAGCGGGCCAGUUCUAUAGAAUAUGGUGUCACAACCAGCCACUUUGCCUUUUUCGUAAUGAAAACUUUCUUGACUCUCUUAGGCAUCGGGAUAAGGAGCUUUGUCUUGCGAUCAAGCUGCUAGGUAAUCGAUUUUCACCGGGACAAAUGACACCGGAAAAGAGAGAAGCUCUGAAUACGCUGUCCCACACUUGUCGGAAAUUGGUAGCAGAUCGAAUUCACAGGGGUAAAAUAAGACUUUCUACUCUACAGACUCUUUGUCUCCUUAGCAUUACCAGCUUUGCGGAUGGGUACGCCAUGCAAGCUGGUUAUGACCUCGAGACAGCUCAAUAUUUCGCUUGUGGAAUACCCGUUGGCUCAUCCUUGGGUGACCCCGUUGAAUAUACUCUAUGCAUUCAGAGCAUUUCGCUGCUACAGAGCUUGCAAGGAUCUAUUCCUGAUAUUCUGGAAGCCGGGAAUAACCAGUCUCCAUUUCAAAAUAGGAAUAGACUGUUGGAGGUGAUCAAUCAUCGUGCCAAUAGGCUGAGGUUGCUACGUGAACCAAGCACGGAGAAAGACUUAGAUAGCAAAUACGGGAUACUUACCUAUAUGGCAAGGGCUGCUGAAGCCUGGCAUUUGACCAGAGCAUAUGCGGCGAUGAGAGUUGGUCCAGAUAGCCUUCCACCAUGGCACCCUGAAUCUGACUACGCGCUUAUUAACUUGAAGAAUUUCGAGCUCGACUCUCAAUUUCCUCUCAAGUACCGAUUUGCUACUAAUGAUUUCGGGGGAACUUCCCCCGAGGUACUGAAAGAGGGCAGAGAUUAUUGGGGGCCUUGGAUUUUUAUUCAGUUCAUCCAUGCUGCUAUCCCAACUCUUUUGAAUCAUCCCUUCUUGCUGUCUCUACGUCUAAAGAACUUCCGACACAAGAUACCUCAGACAUUUAUGUACCAAUCAUUCGACUUGAUUUCGAAGCACACAGCCUGGAUCAUCUGCUAUCUUGAUUUGGUGGAGAAGCAAGAGUUUCACAUCACUGAUCCCACAAUUGCCCACGCCGUCCUUAUAGUCGCAACAAUCCAUCUCCAGCAUAGUUUCGUUGACGAUAGUGUGCUUCGCACCAAGGCACAACAUGGUUACGAUAAAUGUUUACGUUUUCUGGACCGAUAUGGUACCAGUUGGCCCUUGGUAUUUAAUAUGACCCGAAAUCUACGGAAGUUACAGGACAGUGUUUCUACUGUACAGAUGAGCAACAAUGAUUCAUGGGGCAACACUCCUUCGUGGUCCAUUGACGCCCAAUUACUUUGGGAUAUCCUAGUCCUCGAAAAGGCAGGUCAUGAUCAGACUUCCGAAGAUAGAACAAUGUACGAAGAUAUGGUCACCACCCAUGUUGAACAUCGGGAACAGGACGUCGGCGAAAACCUUUCAAUAGUAGGCUCAGCGGGUAUCUCUGGCCACAAAGGAGCGUUACGGGAAAUCUCAGCCUAUGCCCCUCAGGAUAAAGACCCCUAUGAAACACUUAGGAGACGUUCUGCAUCGGAAAGAAGCGCAGAUGGGACGCAUGAUUUUAGUGUUCUAGGAGAUUAUAUGCAUGAUGCUUCGGACAACACUACCAUAGACGAGAGUAGUUUUCUUUUACAGGCUGAAGACUUUGGUAGGGCGGUGAAAGACUGGAUAAACUUCGACAUGACUGAUGUAGUCUAA